UUAGUAGUUUUGCAGUCUUUUGCUGUUGUAAUGGCAUCAACAGCUGGAGCCACAGGAUGGCUGAGGGGAAUAGUGAAAGGUGUUCCAUCUGGCGACAGCUUGGUGAUAAUGGGCAACUCCAAAGCCGAGAUUCCUCCAGAGAAGACGAUCACUUUAUCAUCUCUAAUGGCUCCCAAGUUGGCUCCCCGUAGAGGUGGUCUUGAUGAACCGUUUGCAUGGGAGAGCAGAGAAUUUUUAAGGAAACUUUGCAUUGGGAAGGAGGUGACUUUCCGGGUGGAUUACACUGUGCCGUCCAUCAAUCGGGAAUUUGGUUCUGUUUUCCUUGGAGAUAAGAAUGUGGCUUUGCUGGUGGUUGCUGCAGGCUGGGCAAAGGUUAGAGAACAAGGUCAGCAGAAAGGAGAAGCUAGUCCUUUCUUGACAGAGUUGUUACGACUUGAGGAACAGGCUAAGCAGCAAGGCCUAGGUCGUUGGAACAGGGUGCCUGGUGCUUCUGAAGCCGCCAUUAGGGAUUUGCCUCCUUCAGCUGUCAGUGAUUCUAGUAACUUUGAUGCUAUGGCUUUAUUGGCCGCUAAGAAAGGUAGCCCUUUGGAGGCUAUUGUUGACCAGGUUCGCGAUGGGAGCACAAUUCGUGUUUAUUUGCUGCCAGAAUUUCAGCAUGUUCAAGUAUUUGUUGCUGGUAUCCAGUCUCCAUCUGCGGGCAGAAGGGCUGCAUCAGAAUCUGUUGUUGGUACAGAGGUAGCCUCUAAUGAACAAAAUGAAGACUCAACAGCUGAAACUCGUGCUCCCCUAACAUCCGCACAGAGAUUAGCUGCUUCUUCAGUGCCUAUGGUUGAAGUUCCUGCUGAUCCAUAUGGGAGAGAAGCCAAACAUUUCACAGAGAUCCGUGUGCUGCACAGAGAUGUGAGGAUUGUAUUGGAAGGUGUUGACAAAUUCAGCAAUUUGACUGGUUCGGUGUACUAUCCUGAUGGUGAAUCAGCAAAGGAUUUGGCUCUCGAGCUGGUUGAAAAUGGUUUGGCUAAGUAUGUUGAGUGGAGUGCUAGCUUGCUGGAAGACGAAGCCAGGCGGAGGUUGAAAACCGCUGAACUUCAAGCAAAGAAGUCUAGAUUAAGAAUCUGGACCAAUUAUGUUCCACCUGCCACAAAUUCGAAGGCCAUUCAUGAUCAAAACUUCACAGGAAAAGUUAUUGAGGUCGCAAGUGCUGAUUGCAUUGUUGUUGCUGAUGAUUCCUUGCCAUUCGGAGAUCCAGCUGCCGAGAGACGAGUCAAUCUGUCAAGCAUUCGGGGCCCUAAAAUGGGUAAUCCGCGUAGAGAUCAAAAACCUGACCCAUAUGCUCGUGAUGCCAAGGAGUUUCUCAGAACCCGUUUGAUUGGCCGACAAGUGAAUGUUUCUAUGGAGUAUUCCAGGAAGGUUAGCUUGGCAGAAGGACCAGGUGCCUUACCGGGGUCAACAGACUCAAGAGUGAUGGAUUUUGGGUCCGUUUUUCUUCUCAAGGAUGGGGAUGCUGCUGCUGCUUCUGGAGCUGGCAGCCACCAAGGUGGAGUGAACAUAGCUGAGCUUUUAGUUGCUCGUGGGUUUGCAACUGUUGUUAGGCAUCGGGAUUUUGAGGAGCGGUCUAAUCAUUAUGAUGCGCUCCUUUCUGCUGAGUCGCGUGCAAUUUCCGGAAAGAAAGGCAUGCACUCUGCCAAGGACCCUCCCGUGAGGCAUGUGACAGAUUUGCUAACGGCUUCUGCAAAGAAAGCGAGAGACUUUCUACCCUUUUUGCAACGUAAUAGGAGGAUGUCUGCCGUAGUCGAAUAUGUUCUAAGUGGACACCGAUAUAAAAUUGAUAUCCCUAAGGCAACAUGCAGUAUUGCGCUCUCGUUGUCUGGAGUUAGGUGUCCAGGCCGUGAUGAGCCUUAUUCAGAUGAAGCUAUUGCCUUCAUGAGGAGAAAAAUAAUGCAGAGGGAUGUUGAGAUCGAAGUGGAAACUGUUGAUAGAACUGGAACUUUCUUGGGAAGCGUUUGGGAGAACAGAACCAAUGUGGCUAUACCACUUUUAGAAGCUGGCUUGGCAAAAAUUCAAUCUUUUAGCAUUGAUAGGGUCCCAGAAGCUCAUCUGCUGAUCCAAGCUGAGCAAUCUGCUAAGCAGAAAAAUUUGAAGAUAUGGGAGAAUUAUGUUGAGGGAGAGGAAGUUACUAACGGUUCGGGUUCAGCAGCAUCAGCUGAAAGAAGACAGAAAGAAGAAUUCAAGGUAUAG